UGUUUUUUUUCUGUUCUUUGUGGGUGUCUAUUAUUUUGUUCCCAAAAAAUUUAUUUUUUCUUAUUUUUAUAUAUUUAAUUCAAAUACACUGUACAAAUAUUAUAAUCAUCUAGCUUGUGAAUACAAAGUCGAUUGAAAAAAGAAACGAAAAAAUGUUUCCCAUUGACAAUACAACAUCAUCAUCGUCAAGGACAAUUUUUAUCAAUCCCAAUUUCAACAAACUACCACCUACGCAUAUAAAUCCAAAAUUUCUACGUCCCCAAUUGAAUCCUUCCAUACAUGUGAAUCCAAAUUUCUUGGCCAAAAAAACUAUACAACAAACAAAUCAAUUGGAAAUUCAACCAAUCAUACCAAUUCCUGCCGUAUUACCACCACCACCACCAACAUCAUCCAAGCACCAGCUGUUGCGACAUAAUGCAACAGUUCUUCCCUCUGUACCCUUACUGCCUAAUAAAAUCAUAUCAAAAUCAAGGACGAAAAUUGUCCGAGUACCAAUGAAUGUAACACCAAUAAAUUCAACAACAACAACAACUAACACAACGGUGAAGAAGUCGAUUCCAUUAUCCAGUCCUGGUUUGGUGAAAAUUGGUCUGCGAAAACUAAUCCGACCAACAACGACUGUGGCGACAGUCAGUGUUAAGCCAAAACCAGUAACCUUGCCCAGCGGAGCUCCUCAAGCGAAAUACAAAAUCGAUCGCAGGAUUUUGACAACCAGCAUACCAAUCCGCAAAAGGAAGACGUCAUUCACUGGGCGAUAUGCUUUGAGAAGAUCCUCAGACUCACUAUCAAAGAAAGUCAUAUCAAGAUUUAUAAAAAGGAACACUGACGUCUUGAAGUUCUCCAAGAUGCCCUUCAAGGCAACAUCAAUUGUUUCCAAGAACCGACAAAUUCUCAACAUCAACGGAGUGCUCUACAAAUCCACCAGAAACAAACUCGAACGAAAAGAUGCUCCGAAAGUAGUUCGACCUGUUAAUGCGCCAACUCCAAAGAAACCCACACGAGAGAGAGCUAUUUUCGUUCGAGGGACGAAAUACCUUUUGGACAAAAGUGGUUUUAAUUUGACCAGAGUGGCUACCACAAAGCCAUCUACCACCCCAAUGAAGUCUCUCAGGCGUAUCGAUAUCGGUGGAUUGACCUAUAUAGCGAAUUCCAAGAAUGUGCUUGUCCGCACUGAUACGCAUUUGACUAGAAACCAUGUGUCCAAUGCCAAGCAAAAGAGUAUACAUCUGCUGUCUAGGAGAUUCGUCAAGACAAAUAUCCCAUGUCCAAUAUUCCAACGAGUUGGUAAAUGUGCGUCCUUCGACAGGGGAAAAUGCAUGAAGGUUCACGACAAAUUACAUAUUGCCAUCUGUCCCAGAUUCCUCCGUGGAGAAUGUCUCAACUCGUCCUGUUUACUCUCGCACAACAUAUCGCUGUCCAAAAUGCCUGUGUGUAAAUUCUUUCUGCAAGGAUGCUGCGUUCGAGAAGACUGUCCAUAUCUGCACAAAAAACUUAGUGCCAAAGCAGAAAUUUGUGUUGAUUUUCUCAAAGGAUUCUGCAAACUUGCGCAAAAGUGCAAUAAGCGACAUGAAUUUGUUUGUCCUGAUAUGGAGGCCAAAGGUAAAUGCGAGAAGGUUAAGUGUUCGUAUUGUAGGAAGCAACAAAUGUCGCUGAAUAAUAAAAAAGAAGUUCAUCAAAAGAAAACUAUCACAAGUAGUGGGAAAAGUAAAAGUUCAUCUGUGGAAGAACCUACUUCGAGUAAGUCUUUUAUAGAGAUUUCCGAUGAGCCAUCUUUAGGUGCCAGAUACUUUGCCGCAGCGAAGGAUACAAUAGAAUUAGGUGAGAUACGUAAAGUUUCAGAAAUAAAUGAAAGUGUUGGAAGUGAUGAUGAUGGAAGCGAUAGUGAUGAUAAUGAAAUUAAUGAAGAGGUGAUAACUGCCAGCAGCAGCAGUGUUCCCAAAAGGGCACGUCCACAGUUGGGAGAGUUGCCUGCUUUUAUACCAUUUUCAUAGUUUCAGUUAAUUAAUCAAAAAAAGAAAAACUUAGUUCAAUAAAAAAUAAAUACAAAAAAAAUAAUAUAAAUAUUUAAAAAUAAUAAAAAAAAAAACUUGACGAUGAGUUGUUCGAUGAAAUACUCGCAAAACUCGAAAGCUCUGUGAUUGAAGCUUUGAAGUACAAUAUAUUAUUUUAUUCGUGAAAUAUACUCUAUAGAUAAAUUAAAAA